CGUUUCUAUCACAGGUUGCUAUCUAAUUUCAUUUAGAAUUUUUAUUUUCCUUACCUACUAAAAAUAUAAUUCAAAGUUUAUACUUUAUAAUAAUAUUAUAACACUUAAAUAUUAAAAGGAGUGUGAUUUUAAUAUUGUGAGCACAGAUUUAGUAAUGUAAUGGUUCAGUCGAGUCAAUAGUUUUCUCGAUCGAAACCAAUUUUAACUAUGAAGAUCCUAUUUAGAAGCAACCGAUUAUGUUUAAGAUUUAUCAAUAAAAAUUAUAGUACGGCACCGAAAUCUUUAGCCACUGUAAAUGUAAAUGGAAAGGAAUACCGUACGGAUGAUUACACAAAUAUAACACCCAAGAUAACGUCGUAUAUAAACAGAAAUUUGCACUUGAAGAAAGAUAACCCACUUUCCUUAGUUCGUCAGCGAAUCGUCAAUUAUUUUUAUGGUUCGUUUACACAUGGAGGUAACCCCAGUUUCAGCGUGUACGAUAAUUUGUCUCCUAUAGUUACUUCUCGUCAAAAUUUCGAUGAUUUACUUAUUCCGGAAGAUCACCCAAGUAGAGCAAAGUCUGAUUGUUAUUACAUCAAUUCUUCGACGCUCCUACGAGCUCAUAUGACGGCGCAUCAAAGCGAGCUGCUGAGAGCAGGACUGGAUAACUUUUUAAUGAUUGGAGACGUUUACAGGCGAGAUGAAAUAGAUUCCACACAUUUUCCUGUAUUUCAUCAAGUAGAUGCAGUGAGAUUACAACGAAAACAUGACCUUUUUGAAAACCAUCCAGACUUAGACAUAUUUGAGCCAAGCUUUGAUCCAUGGAAUCCACAUGCAUACACCAACUCAAUUUCAAACCCAACAAAACAGAGCUGUCACACUUUAGAAGCAACCAAAUUAAUGGAGGCGCAAUUAAAAAACCACCUUAUUGGUAUGGUAAAAGUUCUAUUUGGAGAUGAUAUAAAAUACAGAUGGGUUGAUGCCUACUUUCCUUUUACCCAUCCAUCGUGGGAGUUAGAAAUUUAUUAUGAAAAUGAUUGGAUGGAGGUUUUAGGAUGUGGCAUAAUGAGAAAUGAAAUCUUAGCCAAUGCUGGUCCAAAUAAUAGUAUAGCUUAUGCAUUUGGCUUGGGCUUAGAAAGACUUGCUAUGGCACUAUACAAAAUCCCAGAUAUAAGAUUGAUGUGGAGUACAGAUUCCGGGUUUUUGAGCCAGUUUCAGAACAAAGAUGUUAAUGCGAGUAUUGAAUAUAAGCCAGUGUCAAGUUAUCCACAGUGUACAAAUGAUUUGUCAUUCUGGUUGCCACCGACGUUGACUAUUGAUAGUUUCAUGAGCAAUGAUUUUUAUGAUCUAGUCCGAGAUAUUGGAGGGGAUGUGGUAGAACAGGUGAAACUAAAAGACAAGUUCGUCCACCCAAAGACGAAAAAGCACAGCCUGUGUUACAGCAUUGUGUACCGACAUCUGGAGCGCACACUGACUCAGGCGGAGGUGAACAAGAUACAUGACGAGAUUGCUAGGGCGACGGUCAACGCGUUUAAUGUAGUCAUUAGAUAAAACUUAUGUUAAUUAAGUAUAGGAAUGUUAUAGGA